UCAACAGUAUUGUUUGUAUCCUGUGACCAGUGUUUUUACGAAUUAACAAAAUAAAAAUAUUCUUUUAAAUCUUUACGUUCAAUCAUAACUUAACAUUGUACUAUUAUAUUCUUAAUAUGUUAUAAAACGGUGACGUUUUCUUUGUUUAAACACUUCAAUUUGGGAACGUUGUUAUAGGGAUAUUUAAAUAUUGUAAAUUUAUCAACAAUGGCAGACAUGCUGACUCUCGGUCGCUCUGCGAUGAAAGACAGGUCUACCGCGCAUCUUCGAAUUUAUGUUGGCGGUAUUAUGGAAGACGACUCGUCUAUUGAAGAAGUGUACAAUCACUUUAUCCCAUAUGGACCUAUUGAUGGAAUCAUUAUUAACAGGAUGUUCGGCUUUGUACAGUUUCGAAAUGAAUCAAGUGCUCAAGAUGCAAUUUCUAAAGCUGAUGGCUCUAUAUUCAAAGGACGGAAACUCAAUGUCAAAUCUGUUUUGAAAAACGAUAAACUUCAGACAGAGGUGGUUGUGAUACAGCCUGAUGUAUCUCCAGCUGUUGCUAUGAAUGAUAAUCUUCCAAUGGUGGCAGAAGAUAAUCAAGAUGAUCCCUAUGAUAACCAAGGGAACUAUGUUGGAGAAAAAGAAGAAGAUAUGCCAGAAGAGAUUUAUAAUAGGAGUUGGAAUGACAACCGCGAGCCACCAGGCAUGAGGGGCAGGGGACGUGGGGGGCCAAGGGGUCGUGGGAGAGGACGCGGUGCUCCGGCCUUCCGUGACAGAUCUCCGGGAAGAGGUGAAUGGCAAGAAAGAGAUCGCUUUGAACGGUAUCCGGAAUAUCCGCGGAAACUGCCAGUACCAGAACGUAAUGAUUGCGAGAUUAUUGUCGUAUCGAAAAUGCUCACUGAAUAUGCCGAAUAUAUCGAGGGAAGAUUAAAGAGGCUUGGAAUAGUAGUGGACCUUUUGUUUCCGAUGGAAGAUGUGCCAAUUGGCAAAGUAUUAGGAAAUAUUGCCUCCCGGGGCUGCCUCUACGCAAUACUUGUGAUGCCAGAGAAUCAAGAACAUAGGUCAAUGACACUUACUAUUUUACAUGGAUUGCCUCAAGAGCACAGAAAUAUGCCCCUGGAAGACGCUUUACAAUUAAUAUCAAGGAACUACCAGGAGGUACAACGAGGAGGUGCCUCGGGAAGAGAAGCUGUGUAUGCCUUACUGGGACAAAUGGCUGAUGGAAGAAACUUAACCGUGCUGCAGUAUGAUAAAGUCCUUGAAUAUUUAAAGGAAAAGCGAGCACAGCAAGUAAAAAUAGAGUUAGGUGAGCCACUAGCACCUGUUGCAUCAACUAAUAAGACACAAGUGGACUUGCAACAGAGAAUUCUCAGCAUCCUUAAUGAUAAGAAGGAAGCGCAGCCCCCUAAAGUCACACCUCCCAAACCAGACAAAACCCAACUACUCAAUGACCCAACCGUAAGAAAGGCCCUAGAUAGUAUUUUGCACAAAUUUGUUUAAAAUGUGAAUAAUAAAUAUAAUCUGAUUUGUUAUGGCCCAAAAUAAAAUUGAUCACCAUAGCAUAUCCAAAUAUUUAGUUAACAGAUAAUUUAUAAACAAUGGCAGUAGACAAACAGAGCUUACUUUAGUAGAGACAAAGGACCAAAGGUUCAUUCUACGUUUAUUAUAUAUAUUUGAGUUUAGUUAGCCAUUUAUUUGAAUUAUCAAUUCGAUUUUUGGGCCACAACAAAUAUAAUAUGAUGGUGUGAAUGAAUUAAUAAAAUGUAAAUAAACAUUUGUUUUCUUUUAAACGGAACUUGGUUGUAUUCAAUCUUAGUCAAACAAACUAGAUACGUUAGAAAAAAUGUUUAUCCUAUAUUUUGACAGUAAUAACAUGGCCGGGGCAAUUAUUUACUAAUGCAGACAAGUCUAUACUCUUUAGUUCGCGCGUGAGUGAAAUGGCACUAGUGUACAAGCGAGACCACAACUGACGCAACGAUUUGAUAUGUAAUUGUAUUUUGUGAAUAAUCAGUAAAAGGCUACUAUAAUUUUCUAUUAAAUCGUAUUAUUUGCCGUUUCUAUUACAAAUGCAUUUGUAUUACUUACAUCCUUCGAUAAUAAUUUUUAGGUAGGUACCAAUAUUGUUUAUAAUAAU